CACAAGAAAAUCUUCCCCAUGAUACAUCAUUGACUCGUACACACCUUUGCACACACCGCCCAUAAUCGCCCGAGUUGCUAUAUUGUGCUUCGGCCUAUAUGCAUAGAGAGCUUGCAGACCGUUGGGCACGCGCUCGAUACUUCGGAUAGUUUGUCGACUUUGCACUUGCGGGGUUCACACAUCCUUGUCAGUUUAGAGCCCGCAUCUCGUGGGGUCCUGCAUGAGGGACACGCUCUUCAAAAGUGCUAACAUUCACAGACUUUGUUGAAGUCCUGCUGUUCUUGUUGUUUUAUUGUUCUUCCAUACCGCCACCAUGCACAUCUCCGAGAAGCUUGCCCGAUCGCGGGCUGAAGGGAAGCCGACCUUCUCCUUUGAGUUCUUUCCCCCAAAGACCGCCCAGGGUGUGCAAAACCUCUACGACCGCAUGGACCGCAUGCACGGCUUCGGCCCUCAAUUCAUCGACAUCACCUGGGGCGCAGGUGGCCGCCACUCCAAGUUGACCACCGAGAUGGUCAAGGUCGCCCAGACCGUGUACGGGCUCGAGACACUUAUGCACCUCACGUGUACCGACAUGGAGCGAUCGAAGCUCGACGAAGCCCUCAACGACGCUUACCAGGCUGGCUGCACCAACAUCCUCGCUCUGAGGGGCGAUCCUCCGCGUGAAAGAGAAAAGUGGGAGGCGACUCAGGGCGGUUUCCGCUACGCCAAAGAUCUGGUCAAAUACAUCAAGGACAGAUACGGCAACCAUUUCGACAUUGGUGUGGCGGCAUACGCCGAAGGGUGCGACGACAACGACGACGUUGACCAGCUCAUCGAUCACUUGAAGGAGAAGAUUGACGCAGGCGCUACUUUUGUCGUCACCCAGAUGUUCUACGACACGGACGUCUUCCUUGACUGGGUUGAGAAAGUGCGGGCCAAGGGCAUUGACGUGCCCAUUGUUCCUGGUAUCAUGCCCAUCCACACUCACGCUGCGUUCCUGCGCAGAGCGACUUGGACUCGCUGCAAGGUCCCGGCUAAGUGGACUGAGGCACUGGAACCUAUUAAGAACGACGACGUACAAGUCCGUGAGGUCGGAAGUGAGCUCGUUGCGGAGAUGUGCCGGAGGCUGGUGGACGCGGGCAUCCUCCAUUUGCACUUCUACACCAUGAACCUGGCUCAAGCUACGCGCAUGGUUCUCGAAGAGCUCGAGUUGCUGCCCGACGUCGAAUCCCCUCUGGAGAAGCCACUCCCAUGGCGACCAUCCCUGGGCCUCAACCGCCGUGACGAGAACGUACGUCCGAUCUUCUGGCGCAAUCGCAACCGCUCUUACGUCGCUCGCACACAAGACUGGGACGAGUUUCCUAACGGUCGAUGGGGAGAUUCUCGUUCGCCUGCUUUUGGUGAACUAGAUUCCUACGGAGUCGGUUUGAAGGGUACAAACGAGCAGAACAUCAAGCUCUGGGGCACACCCACCUCAGUCCAGGAUAUCUCAGACCUUUUCGUACGCUACAUGCAAGGCGACCUGGAGUCCUUGCCUUGGAGUGAACAGGCCAUCACCGAGGAGGCCAACGCAAUCCAGCAGAACCUCACUGACUUGAACCGACGUGGUUUCCUGACCAUCAACUCGCAGCCUGCUGUCAACGGCGCUAAGUCGUCUGAUAAAACAUUCGGAUGGGGUCCACGCAACGGUUACGUUUACCAAAAGUCCUACCUCGAGGUUCUCGUCUCUCCAGAAUACAUCGCCGAGAUCAUUACACGCAUUGAGCGCGACCCUGAGUUCACUUACUACGCAGUCAACAAGCACGGCGAUCUCAAGACAAACGCUCCUAACGAGGGACCCAAUGCCGUUACCUGGGGUGUGUUCCCGGGUAAAGAGAUUGUGCAGCCUACUAUCGUCGAGACAGUCAGUUUCCUCGCUUGGAAGGAUGAAUUCUACCGUCUUGGUCAGGACUGGGCCAACUGCCAUCCCAGCAUCAGCCCUGCUAGAUACGUAAUCAGCGAGGUGAUGGACACCUGGUACCUUCUCAACAUCGUCCACAACGAUUUCCACGUCACCAACGGCAUCUUCCCUAUCUUUGACGGCCUGAAGGUCGAGAACAUGGAGAGAAAGCUUGACAGCGGAAUCACCAACGGUCAUGCAGAGGCCAAUGGUACAAACGGCGCUGCAAACGGCGAGAAGCCCGAAGCCCAGAAAGACGAGAAGUCGCUCCUUGAGACGGCGAAGGCAGCUGCCCUUGAGGUCACCAACGGCGUCAAAAACCUCGCCGUCUCCAACUAAACCAACCUUUUAGGUAACUACGAUCUUUCUACAUUCAACACAGCAAGAUCUGCACGUAUAUGGCGUUUGGACUUUCCUAUGUCACGACAUCAUGAUAUCUUUAACUCUAUCAUCGAUGUUUCUCUCGCAUCUCAACAAGCGUAUUCAUAAGUAUGGCGUUCUAUCAUUUCACGGAUUCCGGCGGCGGUCCAGGGGACCAAAAACUAGCACAUGGGAUGUGCAUCACACGCUCAAAAGCAGAUGACAGUAUCUGGAAGGCGUCUAUUCAACCUGACGACCAUAAUGACCGUAAUGGAAGGGGACGGGUGGAGAGGUGGAUGUGUAUGCAAGGCGUGCACAGAGCGGCUGCGAGCUGCGGAGCGAUAUGCGGAGGAAUGGCUUUCUGAGAUACCCGGCCAGUGCCCUCAACGGAGCUGGCCAACCCGAAGCUUUGUGUUAUCGAAAUACUAUUUAUUGUGCGAGCG